GAGAUAUUUGAAAGGGGGGGCUGGCGCGGAAAACGAAGGUUGAGUCUUGGGUUUUUGCAGAGCUCUUCUCCUGGCGAGUAAGUCCUGGACCUGGUGGGGAGGCGACCUCUGGGGCGAUAAAGCCCAGAGGAACUCGUGAACGUGUGUACGUGCCAAGCCCUCCAACGCCAUGAGGAGCUUCAAAGGAAUCAACUUUGGGACCUUGCUAAGCAGCGUGAAGGAAGCUGAAGAGCUGCUGCCUGACUUGAAGGAGUUCCUGUCCAAGCUUCCAGCUGGUUCAUCCAGCUGCCGAUCUGAUGCCGAGAGGAGACAAGCUUGUGAUGCCAUCUUGAGGGCUUGCAACCAGCAGCUGACUGCCAAGCUGGCUUGCCCUAGGCACCUGGAGAGCCUGCUGGAACUGGCGGAGCUGGCUUACAAUGGCUACUUGAUGUCUACCCCCCAGCGCCCACCCCUGUACCUGGAACGAAUUCUCUUCAUCUUUUUGCGGAACAUUGCCACACAGGGAAUCCCAGAGGCCACGCUCCGAUUCGCAAAACCCCUUCAUGCCUGUUUGGUGCAUUGCUCUCGCCAAGCUGCUCCCCAGGACUAUGAUGCUGUGGCGCGAGGCAGCUUUUCUCUGCUUUGGAAGGCAGCAGAAACCCUGGAGGAGCGGCGAGCUGCAUUAUCAACUCGGCUGAAGGCCUUGAGCUUUCUUGUACUCUUGGAGGAUGAAAGUACCCCUUGUGAGGUUCCCCACUUUGCUUCUCCAACAGCCUGUCGAGUGGUAGCUGCCCAUCAGCUAUUUGAUGCCACUGGGCACAGUCUGAAUGAAGCCGAUGCUGAUUUCCUAGAUGACCUGCUCUCCAGGCAUGUGAUCAAAGUUUUGGUGGGUGAGGGAGGGGGUUCUCCUGGUCCUCUUUCUCCCCAGAGGGCCCUCUGUCUCUUGGAACUCACCCUGGAACGUUGCCGUCGCCUCUGCUGGAGUGGCCACCAUGCCAAGGCCACGAGAGUAGUGGAGAAGACCCAUGAUUACCUAAGGACCACCAGUCUGGCCCCCAGCCUCCAGUUAUGCCAACUUGGGGUUGAACUGCUACAGGCUGGGGAGGGAGGAUCCCAGGCACUGGCCGAGCUUCUGAUCAAGGCAUCAGCUGUCCUGAACAACAGUGUGGAGGCACCAUCACCCCCAUUGCGGGCAUUAUGUGACAGCUGCCAGUUCUUCCUCUCAGGACUGGAGCGAGGCAUCAAGAGACGCUAUGGACUGGAUGCUGUUCUGGGCCUCUUUGCUUUUCUUGGCGGGUACUGCUCUCUCAUCCGGCAGCUGCAGGAUGGUGUCUGUGGGGAUUCCUCCAAGCAGCAGCAGUCUCUGGUUCAGAUGCAAUUUCAGGGACUUCACCUCUACACUGUGGUGGUUUAUGACUUUGCACAAAGCUGUCAGGUAACUGAUUUGGCUGACCUGGCCCAGCUGGUGGAAAGUUGCAAAUCUACUGUGGUCUGGAUGCUGGAGGCCUUACAGAGCCUGUCAGGCCAAGAGCUGACUGACUACCUGGGCAUGACUGCCUCUUACACCAGUAACUUGGCCUACAGCUUCUAUAGUCACAAGCUGUAUUCCGAGGCCUGUGCCAUCUCUGAGCCCCUCUGUCAGCACCUGGGGUUGGUGAAGCCGGACACCUAUCCUGAGGUGCCUCCUGAGAAGUUGCACAGGUGCUUCCGGCUGCAUGGAGAGAGUUUGAAGAAACUGGGUAAACAGGCCCAGGGCUGCAAGAUGGUGACUUUGUGGCUGACAGCCUUGCAGCCCUGUGGCCCCCAACACAUGGCUGAGCCUGUCACCUUCUGGGUUCGGAUCAAGAUGGAUGCAGCCAGAGCAGGAGACAAGGAGCUACAGCUGAGGACUCUGCGAGACAGCCUGAGUGGCUGGGACCCAGAGACCCUGGUCUUCCUGCUGAGGGAGGAGCUGCAGGCCUAUAAGGCUGUGCGAGCGGACACAGGGCAGGAACGGUUCAACGUCAUCUGUGACCUGCUGGAGCUGAGCCCUGAGGAGACACCGGCUGGGGCCUGGGCUCGAGCCACCUACCUGGUGGAACUGGCUCAGGUGCUCUGCUACCAUGACUUUGCCCAGCAGACCAACUGCUCUGCCCUGGAUGCUAUCCAGGAAGCCCUACAGCUUCUGGAGUCUGUGAGGCCUGAGACCCAGGCCAAGGAUCGGCUUUUGGAUGAUAAAGCACAGGCCCUCCUAUGGUUCUACAUUUGUACCCUGGAGACCAAAAUGCAGGAAGGUAUCGAGCGGGAUCGGAGAGCCCAGGCCCCUAAUAACCUGGAGGAAUUUGAAGUCAAUGACCUGAACUAUGAAGAUAAACUCCAAGAAGAUCGUUUCCUAUACAGUAACAUUGCCUUCAACCUGGCUGCAGAUGCUGCUCAGUCCAAAUGCCUGGACCAAGCACUGGCCCUUUGGAAGGAGGUGCUUACAAAGGCACAAGCCCCCGCUGUACGGUGUCUCCAGCAGACAGCAGCCUCACUGCAGACCCUAGCAGCCCUCUAUCAGCUGGCGGCAAAGCCCCUGCAGGCUCUGGAGGUCCUCCUGCUCGUACAGAUCGUCUCCCAGAGACUGGAGGACCACGCGAAGGCAGCCGGCUCCUCCUGCCACGCCAGCCAGCUGCUCCUGAUGCUCGGCUGUCCCAGCUAUGCCCAGCUAUACCUGGAAGAGGCAGACUCAAGCCUGAAGCUUCUGGAUCACAACACUGACACGUACCUGCUCCUUUCGCUGACCUGUAACCUACUUCGAAGUCAACUCUACUGUGUUCACCAGAAGGCUUCUGAAAUUUCCCUGGAGCUAGGAAGAAUAUUCCCGACCGUGACUGAGGGUGCCUCUCUGUUGCUGUCUGUGCUUCGGGACCCUGCCCUCCAGAGAUCAUCCAAGGCCUGGUACUUGCUGCGUGUCCAGGCCUUGCAGGUGGUGGCAUCGUACCUCAGCCUCUCAUCAGAUAGCCUCUCAGCCUCCCUGCGGGAGCAGCUCUGUGCCCAAGGCUGGCAGACGCCUGAGAUUGCACUCGUCGACUCCCAUAAGCUCCUCCGAAGCAUUAUCCUCCUGCUCCUGGGCAGUGACGUGCUCUCGAUUCAGAAGGCAGCUGUGGAGACCCCAUUUCUGGACUAUGGUGAAAAUCUGGUACAAAAAUGGCAGGUUCUGACAGAGGUGCUGAGCUGCUCAGAGAAGCUGGUCUCCCGCCUGGGCCAUCUGGGUUGUGUGAGCGAAGCCAAGGCCUUUUGCUUGGAUGCCCUGAAACUUACGACGAAACUGCAGCUACCACACCAGUGUGCCCUGUUCCUGGUGCUGAAGGCGGAGCUGGAGCUGGCACGCACUGACAUUGACCUCUGUGAGUCGGACCUGCAGCAGGUUCUGUUCUUACUGGAGUCUUGCACAGAGUUUGGCGGGCUAGCCCAGCACCUGGACUCAGUGAAGAAAGUCCACCUGCAGAAGGGCAAGCAGCAGACCCGGGUCCGUCGUCCUCCAGAGCUCCCUGAAGAGGAGCCCUUCCUAAGAGGCCCUGCCCUGGAGCUGGUAGCCACUGUGGCCAAGGAGCCAGGUCCUGUGGCACCUUCUACUAACUCCUCCCCUGUCCUGAAAGUGAAGCCCCAGCCCAGCCCCGGCUUCCUGACCCACCUGCCCACGUGUGACUGCUUGCUCUGUGCCAGCCCCGUGCUCUCAGCAGUCUGUCUGCGCUGGGCAUUGGUCACAGCGGGGGUGAGGCUGGCUUUGGGCCAUCAGGCCCAGGGUCUGGAUCUGCUGCAGGUCGUGCUAAAGGGUUGCCCUGCAGCCACUGAGCGCCUCACCCAAGCUCUACAAACUACCCUGAAUCACAAAGCACCUCCCUCCCCUGUCCCGAGCCUCUUGGAUGAGAUCUUGGCUCAGGCCUACACACAGCUGGCACUGGAGGGGCUGAGCCGGCCAUCACACAAGAGUCUGGGGAAGGUCCUGGAGUCGGGGCUGAAGUUUGUGGCAGCACGAGUACCCCACCUGGAGCCCUGGCGAGCCAGCCUGCUCUUGAUUCGGGCCCUUGCAAAGCUGGCCGGCCUCAACUGCUGCACUACCCAACUUUUUGCAAGCUCAUGGGGCUGGCAGCCACCAUCAGUAAAACCCUCCCCAGGCUCAGAGCCCUCUAAGCCGCGAAGCCAAAAACUUUCUGGAAGGGGGCGUCAGCGGGCAGCCUCAUCUACCCAGCCCCUCCAUAAUACCUCUCUGAAAAGUCUGGAAGGUGGAGGACUGCCCUGUACACCGAAGCCCCCAGGCCAGGUCAGGCCAGCAGGCACUCGAGUCCCUUUUACUGUGUUUGAGGAAGUCCUCCCUACAAAGAGCAAGCCUGAGGUUCCCAAGGCCCCUAGAGUACAACAGAGGGUCCAGACGCGCCUCAAGGUGGACUUCAGUGAUGACAGUGAUUUGGAAGACCCUGUCUCAAUUGAGGCACGGCCUGCAGAGGGGCCCAAGAGACGGGGCACUGCUUCCCGGGGCCGGGGCCGGGGCCGGGGCCAGGCCAGGAAGAACCCGAGCCUGAAGACAGUUGCAGUGGCAGCCUCAAGUAGUGCCCCUGGGUUCCCAGGCCUGGGUGGUAGGAGCCGGAGGGCCAAGAAGGUGACAUCAGGACACUGUGAGGAGCUGGGCUCUGAGAUCAUGAGGACCAUCCCUGAGGAGGAAAUGACUGACAACCAGAUGGAAAUGAGCUUUGAGAUCCUCAGGGGCUCUGACGGGGAAGACUCAACCUCAGGUGGGAAGGCACCAGCUCCAGGACCUGAUACAGCCAUAGGAGAAUGUGAAGUGUUGAGACGUGAUUCCAGUAAAGAGGAGCUGCUGGUCCCAUGCCCAGACAAGGAGAGAGACAAGAGUCUUGGUCCUCGGCUCCGACUCUCCUCUGCCCCUGUAGCCAUUGGUCUCUCUACCCUGGAUUCCAUCUGUGACUUAUUGACCAUUGCUUUCCGUGGGGUUAGUCAUUGCCCUCCUAGUGGACUUUAUGCUUACCUCUGCCGCCUCCUGGCUUUGUGCUUGGGCCACCGGGAUCCCUAUGCCACAGCCUGCCUUGUCACUGAGUCUGUGUCCAUCACCUGUCGCCACCAGCUGCUCACCCACCUCCACAGGCAGCUCAGCAAGGCCCAGAAGCACCGGGGAUCACUCGAAAUGGCAGACCAGGUGCAGAGGCUGAGCCUGCAGGACAGGCCUGGAGAUGUCCCCCUGGCCCGCAUCCAGCACCUCUUUUCCUUCAGGGCUUCAGGAUCUGGUCAAUUCCCUGAGCCUGAGAAGGAGAGUUUCCAGGAGCACCUGGCUCUGAUCCCCAGCGGGGUGACUGUGUGUGUGUUAGCUCUGGCCACACUUCAGCCUGGAACCGUGGGCAACACCCUCUUGCUGACCCGACUGGAAAAAGACAAUCCCCCAGUCACUGUGCAGAUCCCCACCGCCCAGAGCAAGCUUCCUCUGAGUUCGGCCCUGAAAGAGUUUGACACCAUCCAGAAGGAACAGAAAGAGAACAGCAGCUGUACUGACAAGCGAGAAUGGUGGACAGGACGGCUAGAACUGGACCAUAGGAUGGAGGCUCUCAUCAUUUCCCUAGAAAAGCAUGUAUUGGGCUGCUGGAGGGGACUGUUGCUGCCAUCCAGUGAGGACCCUGGCCCUGCCCAGGAGGCCUCCCGCCUACAAAAGUUGCUGCAGGAAUGUGGCUGGGAAUAUCCUGAUGCAGCUCUGCUGAAAACCAUGCUCAGUGGUGCCAGUACCCUCACCCCUCAGGACAUUGAGACCUUGGCCUAUGGGCUGUGCCCAGCCUGGCCAGAACGAGCCCAAGAGCUUCUGAGUGAGGCAGUACGACGUCUUCAGGGUCAGACAGUACCAAGCAAUAGGCAUCUUGUCUUAGUGCUAGACAAGGACCUGCAAAAGCUGCCAUGGGAGAGCAUCCCCAGUCUCCGGGCACUGCCUGUCACUCGGCUGCCCUCCUUCCACUUCUUGCUCAGCUAUUCCAUCAUCAGAGAGUCGGGGGCCUCAGCAGUGCUAAGCCAAGGGGUGGAUCCACGCAAUACCUUCUACGUCCUGAACCCUCACAAUAAUCUGUCAAGCACAGAGGAGCAAUUUCGAGCCAAUUUUAGCAGUGAAGCUGGCUGGAAAGGGGUGGUUGGGGAGGUGCCGAGCCCAGAACAAGUGCAAGCAGCCUUGACAGAGCAUGACUUAUAUAUCUAUGCAGGGCACGGGGCGGGUGCCCGCUUCCUGGAUGGACAGGCCGUCCUGCGACUCGGCUGCCGGGCAGUGGCCCUGCUGUUUGGCUGCAGCAGCGCAGCCCUGGCUGUGCAUGGAAACCUGGAGGGGGCUGGAAUCGUGCUCAAGUAUAUCAUGGCUGGCUGUCCCCUGUUUCUGGGUAACCUCUGGGAUGUGACUGACCGUGACAUUGACCGCUACACGGAGGCUCUGCUGCAGGGUUGGCUUGGAGCAGGCCCAGGAGCCCCUCUUCUCUACUAUGUCAACCAGGCGCGCCAGGCUCCCCGACUCAAGUAUCUUAUUGGGGCUGCACCUGUGGCAUAUGGCUUGCCUGUCUCCCUGCGGUGAUCCCUUGGAGCUGUCCUAUCACAGAUAGAAGCCAUGUGACUGUUCUACCUCCUGUUCUUAGAUUUAACCCUUAGGAUAAAUAUUUUAAAUGACUUUUACAGUGUUUUAUAUGAAAUAUUUCCUUUUGAUUUAACCUUAAUAUAAUAAAGAUGUAACAUUUAAA